UUUAUUUUUUUGGUGUUUUCCUAUUGAAGAUUAUAGACAAGAUAUUGAGGGCAUACCUAGUUCAUGAAAUGGAUCCCCAUAAAAAUGAGAUUGUUGCCCAAUUGAAUCGUAUUAGGAAGGAAAAUCAGAAGCUCACAGAUAUGAUAAAGCUCAUGACUGCUAACUACCAAGGCCUAAAAACCCAAUUCAUGAAACGCCAGGAAGAGUGUUGUAGACCGUCUCCAAGAACAAUGGGAAAGUCUCUGAAAUUGGGUAUAGAUGUAGAAGAGGACAUCAAUGAUGGGAUCUCUGUCCCUGGACAGCAAGAAAACAUGGAUAUUAAUGUCAAUUGUAUCAGUUCUGAUGAGGACUCUGAGAACUCCUUGGAAGAGAAUUCUAAGUAUACAAUGGAAGAUUUGCAGCUGCCAUCCAAAAAGAGGAAGAUAAACCGUGUAUUGCAGGAGCAGAGUGCGUUUCAAAAUGGUAAUUCAUGCACAGAUGAAGAUUCACCCAAUAAGAAUAUCAUUACUGCGCAGACAAGACCAGAGAUGAAUAUGGUAGGAGAUGGAUGCCAAUGGCGAAAAUAUGGGCAAAAGAUGACUAGAAACAACGAGUGGCAGAAAGCUUAUUACAGGUGUGCCUCUGGAUCUUCUUGCCCGGUUAGAAAGCAGGUACAGAUGUCUGUUCAAGACUCAAGCAUUGUGAACACCACCUACAAAGGCCAACAUAGUCAUCUGCUGAAGCCUGUGCCCCUGGCUGCUAGAAGUGAUAAGCUCCUCCAGUUUAGUAACAGUAGUGCAAACUUCUUCACAGGCAAUCAGCUUCCAUUCCCAGCCUCCAUUGCCACAAUCACAUGCAUGGGUUCUUCUCCAACCAUCACUCUAGAUCUUACACAAACUCCACAAGGGGUACAGAUUCAAGACUCAUCAUCACUUUUGAAGAACAAUCCUAGCAAUACUACAGCAUAAGCUGCUUCAGAUUAUGGUGAAAAUGUCAAUUACCAGUCCAAUCUUCAGCAAAGAAGUAUGUAAAGAUACAGUGUGAUAGUUAAAUCAUGAUGUUCCAGUUCUUCUCAUCAAAGUUGAAAUCUUUAAUAGAAUACUUUUGUAUGUUUAUGUUAGAAAUGAGAUUUUUCAUUUGUGACCUCGCCAAUUUAUAACUUUAAUUAAAAACAUCACAAAAAACAAUCUCUAACAUGAGAAACUAUCAAACCCAUCCUAAAAAGGAUAAGUGCAGCCUCUGUGGGUUUCACACAUUUGAUCCAUUUUGAGGAUUACGGAUUUGUAUUU